AUGUCUGGCAAUCGUGCGAGGCGUAUCGCCAAAGAGAUCGCCGACAUUCAUGCCGACACACAGUCGCAAAUCACGGCUGAACCACUGCACGGUGGUGAUGAUCUCACGCAUCUUCGAGGCACGUUCCCAGGGCCUCCAGGAACACCCUAUGAAGGUGGCACCUAUACCAUCGACAUCAAAAUCCCCAACGAUUAUCCAUUUCGACCUCCCCAUAUGAAGUUUGUGACCAAGGUCUGGCAUCCUAACGUUAGCAGUCAAACAGGUGCCAUCUGCCUAGACACUCUUUCUACUGCGUGGUCGCCGGUGCUCACCAUCAAGUCUGCCCUUCUGUCACUGCAAUCCCUGCUCAGCACACCCGAACCCAAAGAUCCUCAAGAUGCCGAGGUCGCCACGAUGCUCCUUCGGAGACCGCAGGAAUUUGCACGGGUUGCUCAGGAGUGGGCUGUGAUGUAUGCAGGAGCUCCCAGAAGGCAUGCAGGUGAAGGCAGUGGCGGUGUGACAGACGAAACUCUUCGACUGCAGGAGAUCAAGUCGAAAGAAGAGCAGGAACAAGAGGAUUUAAGCAAAUACGACGGCUACAACAAAGACUUGAUCGACCGAUUCUGUAACAUGGGAUUUGACGUUGACCGCGUUGUAGCCGCUUUUAAAUACUAUGGCAUUGAUCGAAUGGACGGGGAAGAUUACGAGCUGGAGGAGGCGUACAUGGGAGAUAUCACGGCGCGGCUCCUUGGUGAGCCGUAG